AUGGAACAAAGGAUUGUGCUACCGGAUCUGUCCUUGGACAUCGACUCUGUGGUGCGCCGGCUUCUUACUGCAAUCGCAGCCGUUGCGGUCGCUUUGUAUCUUCUAUACCAAUGGCUUUUGCCAAAGCCUAUUCCUGGUAUCGCAUACAAUUUGGAGGCAACACAAUCUUUGCUUGGUGACGCCCCGAGCAUGGUGAAAGAAGUCAGAGUCACGGGCGAGUUUCGUGUCUGGUGCGCAAAGCAGAUGACGAAGUUAAACUCGCCUAUAUGCCAAAUUUUCAUUCGGCCGUUUUCAAAGCCCUGGAUCCUACUUGCGGACUUUCGUGAGUCCAAGGAUAUCUUGAUGCGCCGCAAGGAGUUCGACAAAUCGUCUUUUUUAUCGGAUGGAAUGGCAUGCAUGGGCGCAUUCCAUGGAAUAUACAAGACGGGCGACAAAUUCAAGGUCAACCGACAGCUUAUCCAGGACCUUAUGACUUCAAGCUUUCUAAAUAAUCAGGUGGGACCGGCAAUAUACAGAAAGGGCGCUGAGCUUGUAAGGUUGACAGAGAUGAAAAUGGACUUGGCAAAUGGAAGACCAUUUAGCGCCAAGAAGGACUUCGAGUAUGCGUCACUGGAUGUCAUGCUGGAGUUUGCAUUUGGCAGGAACUGGACUGAUACAUCACUGGGACAACAAACCGAGCUGAUCGGCAGGCUAAGCGCUUUCGACGUGAAAGCCGGAACUGUAGAUGAGCCAGUCCGAUUUCCGUUGAGCCCCAUUGCCGACUUUCUCAAAUCUGUAUACGAGGCCCCGGAAAUUGUGGAGAGGACGAUCAACGCUCUGAUGCCGAAGCUACAGACAUGGUGGUGGUCUAAGCAGGCAUGGUACAAAAAGAUAUUUGAAGACAAAGACCGGGCAAUGAAGGAGCAGGUUUCCAUUGGCGUAAAGAACGUUCAAGCCGGCCGGAUUGAAACGGGCGUUGAGCACAUGCUGAUGCGCGAGGCCUCUCGGGCUGCGAAGGAGGGCCGUGAGCCUGAUUUUAACAGCGCUAUCUUCCGUGACGAGUUGUUUGGCGAUAUCGUCGGUGGCCACCACACAACGAGUGGAGGAAUGAUGUGGUUGGCCAAGUAUCUUAGCGACUUGCCUCUUGUACAGGUGAAGCUGCGCUCAACACUGUACGAUGCUUUGGCCGUGGCAAAAUCAGAGAAUCGCUUUUUCACGUUUGAAGAAAUAAGGCAGGCACGGCUGCCUUAUCUGGAUGCUGUGGUCGAGGAGAUGCUGCGUAUCAACGCUGUCCCCGUAACCCGAGAGGCCUUGUGCGACACAACGGUGCUCGGAUACCCGAUCAAAAAAGGAACGCAGAUUUUCUUCAUGUCGAAUGGGCCAGGGUUCCUGUCGCCGUCUCUAGCAGUCGACGAUGGGCGGCGGAGUGAGACGUCGCGAUCAGCCAAGCUAAAUGCCAAGUGGGACGAGUCGCAGAAUCUGGCCGUUUUUGAACCGGAGCGCUGGCUCAUUCGAAAGAAAGCGGGGACCGGCGUUUCUCCAGAUGAGGUAGACUUUAAUGGAGCUGCAGGUCCCCAGCUGGUAUUCGGACUGGGACAGCGCUCCUGUUGGGGUCGGCGGCUGGCGAAUAUGGAAAUGAGGAUCAUUACAGCUAUGCUCGUGUGGAAGUUUGAGCUGCAAAAGGCUCCCGAGUCACUAUCUACGUAUGCUGGGAUAGAAGGCAUUGCCCGGGUUCCACAACAGUGUUACCUUCGCGUUAAGAAGGUCGAGUAUUAG